UAUCGCCUAGGGCGUUCGGGACACAUUUGCAGCGUUGUAAGUUAAAGCACGCGAAAAGCUAAGCCGGAGAUAUAUCGAAAAGUUUUACCAAACCGCUCAAUCGAUUAUAGUGUUUAAUGCGCUUUUGAACAGCUGACGAUCAAUAAACGCUGACGCUUUCUGCCACUAUGAAGGAAAAGUAUCCGGCGCAACAGUAUAAUGGUGAUCCACCCUAAAGAGAUGUGCUCUGAAAUCACAGCAUGCUUCGCAUCCCUAUUAGCGAAUUAUGAAACAAUGCUCGGGGAACGUAGGGAAGUUGAAAACUGCCGCUAAACAAAGCCAUUAUUUCGAUAAUGUUCCGGCAAGGACGCGCCGAAAUUGCCCCGACACGAGUGUGACUUGAAUGCGUGUCGUUCUUGGCUAAUUGGUAACGGUAAUUGGCAGAGGUCGUGGCUGUGAUCAUGUCUGGACAUGUAUCGAAGGACCAACGGAUAAAGCGAUAACGUUUUGAUGAACAGGUUGCAACUAGUGUUUACGUGCGGGUUAAUCCGUUGCUUGAAAAUAAUGCCGUUCGGUUUGGACCGCAUAGUUUUUUGGUCAGUGCUCACGUCGGUUAUCUUCGUUUGGUGUGGUAACGCAACACGUCGUUUGAAAAGUGAAGUAAAAAGCGAAAGGCACGUAAGAAGUUACGCAGUGCGUAGUCGGGACUAUUCUCCAGGGAACUCGCUAAAAGCUUCGAGUCGUGGAACUGGCUUUUUAACUUCGAAUUAUUCCGUGGUUGUUGCUCAAGUCGGAGGGACUGCUAAACUUCCUUGUGUCGUUAGUAAAAUUAAUAAUGGCGUGGUCUCCUGGAUCCGGAAAAACGAUUCGACCCCCACAAUUCUCACAGUAGGCCUUGGCGUGUAUAUCGCCGACGAUCGGUUUUUCUUGGAACAUACACGCCACCUGCAGAAUUGGGGAUUGGUUAUAAAACAUGUCCGACCUACAGACGCUGGGCUCUACGAGUGUCAAAUGUCGACGCACCCUGCAGCUAGUAUAUUUAUGGAAUUAAAAGUCACAGAGGCCGUAGCUGAGAUAACUGGAGCUCCUGAGUUGCAUAUUCGAGCCGGGUCCAGAUUGCGUAUCGUUUGCAGAUUAAGGGAUAGCACCGAACCUCCCAAUUAUAUCUUUUGGUAUCACGAAGAUAGAAUGAUCAAUCAUGACCCAGAAGUGUAUGUGUCCUCGGAUAGCACAUCCAGCGUUCUCAGCAUCAACGAUGUUGAUCCUAGUUUUAGCGGGAAUUACACUUGUCUUCCGUCUAACGCUAUAGCUGCGUACGUCAAUGUACACGUCCUCAAUAAUACAGAAGAAGAAAAUCCUGCCGCCAUGAUGCAUGCAAAUUCCAGCGAGGGAUCGACGGCACUAUACAUAAGCAUUGUUUUCGCGAUGACGAUAAACAUAUUUAUGAUAUAAAAUGUAAUGAAAUUUUGUUCUAAACCUGAUUUUUCAAUAUAAAUUAGCAGCGAAAUUAAAAACAAUUGCGCGAAUUGUAUGUAUAUUUAAUUAAUAUGAUAUUUGGAUCUAAAACGAUAUA